AUGUCUCUGUAUGAGGAGGCUGCAGUCGAGUAUCGGCUGAGAGCCAUACGCGCUCUCAGUGAGGAAAUCAGGAAGAGUCAGGGACCUAAUUUCCUGCAUGAGGACGAGCAAGAUGCUGUUCUCGCCAUAAUCCAGAUUCUCCUUCUACACGACAUUGCUGAGACGGGUAUCUCUACCCAUGGCAUACACAUUACGGGGGCAAUGUCUGUAUGCAAACAGCUACUAUUAGCAGAUGGGCUGAAUAGUCGGCGACGACGAGCGGUCUUCUUCCUGGGAAAUUUGGCUUGGCUUGACAUCAUUCGUGCCUUUGCUGGUCCUGAACGAUUGUGCUUCUCUCAGGACAUUCGCCAAACCGUCGCCAGUGCCACCGAUGAAAAGUUCGAGCUAGUUAACGGAUGCCCCAGGGAAAUUUUCCUGGUUAUUGGAGCAGCCCUGGAAAAGGCAAAGGAAUACAAUCUCGGCUGGUUAUCAUGGGAUGAGUAUCACGUUGCUUUGCAAUCGGCAAAGCAUGAGCUCUACUCGUUCGACAGGACAGCUAGAACAUAUCCCAGCUCUGAUCCUCGGUGGAUGUCCACAGCGGAGGCGUUUCAGUACGCUUGCAUUCUGCGCAUCCUUCGUUUGUUAAACCCAUUACAACAACCCCGAAGCAAUGAAGUACAGGAGUGCGUGGCGAGGAUCUUAGACGCUACAGCCAGAAUCCCCUCAGAUUGUUGCCUCCUUGAGCUUCUUGUUUUCCCCCUGUUCAUGGCUGGAUCGGAUGCGCUUUCUCCUCACUCUCAAUACUAUGUCAUCGCGCGCUUGAAUGAGAUUGAGCGGAGAUCUGAGUUCCGCAAUCCAGUACCUCGAGAAUUGUUAGAGAAGGUCUGGGCUGCGAGGGCUGCGCAAGCCCCUGGCGAUGAUCGGAACAUUUCCUGGACCACUUUCACUCAUUCGCCCGAAUUGACACAGCAGCAUGAUUAUCUGAUUAUAUGA